AUGAGGGACAAUGGUUCUACCGGCUGUGUAGUUAAAGAAGCCCUGGUUACCCCUGCUCAGUUCACAGGAGAACACGUGAGAGUCGUCAUGAUUAACGGCUCUAUGGCUACUUGCCUGAUAGCUGUAGUCGACGUGGAGACGCCAUUCCUCACUGGCAGAAUCCAGGCCGCUGUGAUGAAACAGCCUAUCUAUGAAUUGAUAAUCGGUAACGUUGAAGGGGUGAGGGACGUUCGGAACACGGACGCCGCGACCCAAACCGAAGAUCAAGUAGGUGCCGCCCUGACGCGAGCCCAGGCACGAGACACACGGCCCGUGGUCCCUCUCAAGCUCACAUCACCUGACGAGCUGCUCAAUAGCGCUAACGUCACUGCCGCACAAAAGACCGAUCCCUCCCUUGCGAACAUUCGGAAACAAGCCGCUGAUGGGGUAUCGAGGGUAAAUAAAUACGGAACGACUCGCUUCUGCCAACACAGAGGAAAGUUGUAUAGAGAAGUCAUCUCCGACCUCGGUGAGACUCGGUCGCAAUUCGUGGUGCCUGCACAGUACCGCCACGCGGUGAUGGAGAUGGGGCACUGCGCGGCCUUGGGUGGUCACAUGGGGCGACAGAAAACACAAGACCGCAUUAGUCACACAUUUUUCUGGCCUGGCGUGAUGGCCGAUAUCGCGAGAUUCGUGAGAUCCUAUGACGUGUGUCAAAAAACUGUAGACAAGGGCCGUGUGAAACCUGCGCCGCUAAGACCCAUGCCCCUUAUAUCCGAACCAUUUGAGAGGGUAGCGGUAGAUAUUGUUGGGCCGAUCACGCCACGCGCGACUGACGGAUCAAAAUAUCUACUCACGUGUGUGGACUUCAGCACCCGUUGGACUGAAGCAGUACCUCUGAAAAAUAUAGAGGCCACCACGGUGGCUGAAGCGCUGGUAGGGAUAUUCUGCCGUGUGGGCAUUCCCAAGGAGGUGCUGAGUGACCGAGGCACUCAGUUUACGUCUGCCAUGAUGGACGAGACGUUUAGGAUUCUUUCUGUGAAGGGCCUUAACACGACACCCUGGCAUCCCAUGGGUAACGGUCUGUGCGAAAGGUUCAACGGCACACUGAAAAAAAUGCUCAAGCGGCUGGCCGCCGAGCAACCCAAGGAAUGGCCGAGAUUUGUGGCUCCUCUCCUGUUCGCAUACAGGGAAGCACCGCAGAGUACUCUGAAGUUCUCGCCUUUCGAGCUACUCUAUGGAAGAGCAGUGCGCGGUCCACUCCAAGUGCUGAGAGAGCUAUGGGACGAGGACGUGCCAAGUCCGGAGGUACGUACGACAUACGAGUAUGUUAUAAACCUGGCUGGCAGACUUAGGGAAACCUGUCGUAUGGCCAAGGAAGAACUCCUGAAGGCCCAGGAGGUACAAAAGGCCCAUUAUGAUCGCAAUGCGCGACUACGCACCCUGCAGCCUGGCCAGAGAGUGCUUAGUACUCCUACCCACUGCUCAUAA